AUGCGUAUGAAUGGGCCUUAAGGCAGACAGGCCUACCAAGGAUUAAUCAACCUCGCGAUGUUGUAUCGUCAAAGAAAUUGGUGGGUUGUUUUCGCGCGGCGGUGGUCGUGAAAAUUUGGGCAUGAGGCAUGUUGCAUUUGUGACGAUUGAGGAUAAUUGAUGAGAGACUGAGAGGACUCCGUCUUCGGGAUGUGCGAUAAUCUUUGGGAACCCUUAGCCGAAAUAUACAUCGCGGAUCAGGAGUCCUCCGAUCCCGAUGAUUACAUUUAUUGUCUUUGCAGUAGAGUAUUUAUCCGGAGCCCUGAAGUUUAUACAGUAUUAGCUUCAGAAGAUGCCAGCGAAGGGGAAGAUAUUGAUGGAGAUUAUGUCGGAGAGAUGUUGGAUCUUUACAAAGAAUCUGCAAUUGAGACACAAUCCAUAGAAAAACAUGAUGAAGAACCAGUAAGUUGUUAUUGCAGUGCAUCUCACACAGAUAACAAUUACUCUACAGAUGAACAUGAUUCUGUACGUGACUCUGCUCACUGGCCAACUGCACAUUCCUUGACCCAAAAACUGGGUUUACAUCAGUCAGAUUCUGGUGCAGAUCUCUCUGAAUAUCAUGAUCAGCAUGAAGCAAAAAGUAUACAGAAUCUUGUAGCAUCCUAUGGAAAGACUUUUCAAACUGCAGAGACUGAAAUUGAAAACAAUUAUGAAAAUGUAGAUAUGGUAACUGAAUAUCAACAAAUACCAGAUGACAAGGAAUCAAUGGCACAAAGUUUAUCGGAUAGUAUUACUAUGUCAAAUGAAGAAGUGCACAACAAAGAUCUCAUUUCUUUUAUGCAAUAUGAUUGCGAUUCUUAUAACUACCCUUAUUCUGCAUAUUAUGGAAAUAAUAAGAGUACAAUGGAUAUAGCAUGGGACAAAUUUUGGGCUAAAAAUGGAGAGCAGUUAAUCUGGGCAUCUUGGAUCGAAAAAUAUGCAGAUUAUAUCAAUCCUGGUUAUUUUCAGAAUGAUACGUGUAUAACGGAAGAUGAAAAGUCACAGGAUGCUGAAAUUAAUGAAGUAGUCAUAGAAAAAUAUUUUGAGCAAAAUACAUGCUUCCCGAAUCAAGCGCACAAAAACUGCGAACUUUUACGUUCUAACUUUGCAGGAAUUUUCAAUAAAAGUAACUCAAGUGAUGGCGAAUUAAAAUUAGCAGCAAUAUCUUCCUCGAAUACUAGUUUCUCAUUUGAACAAAUGGGUAGACAAGAAGUUAAUGACAAAGAUGCAGAUGAAAAUAGGAAGAAAAUUAUCAAUUUCGAGAUAUCACCAGAAGAUGCCGAUGGCUGGAAUCCUUUAAGUCCAUUCAGUAUAGAAGAAAAUUAUAAUCAACACUCUAAUGCAGAAGAUGAGAGAUUAUUAACGAGAUGCGACUCUAUUAGUGGUUCGAUAGCAAAAACAAAUGCGACUUCUGAUUCCAUGACAAAUGUUACCAAAAUGACAUUAACUAGUUCUAGUUGCGAUUCCAAUUCUGUUCAUUCGUCUAGUCUCAUUACUUCUGUUACAAGUUCCAUUGAGAGUAGUAUAACCAGUAGCAGUUCUGAUCAAGAAAAUGAAUUUUCAGUGGAAGAUAAUGAUAAAUAUUGGCAACAUCUGUGGAAAGAAAAUUUUCAGAUGCAAUAUCAAAAAAAUUAUGAAGUAUUCAUAGCUAAUUAUAAAAAAGAGCACAAUACAGAUUGUGAUCAAUUAUAUUUUAACAUAUUAAAUGAACCAAUUGAAAAUUCAAUUAUAGUUCAACAAGAUAAUGUAACUCUCCAACAAGAAAAUAUAGAUAGCAAGGAAGUUUCAGGGAUUGGUAUCCGCAAAAAUCGAAGGGACAAGAACACGGAUGUUGUACAGUUUGACCAAAUUACAUCAAGUAAAGUAAAUUCAUCUGGAAAUAAAAACACAAAAAGAAAUAAUGCAUCAUAUUUAAAAUCUAAUAAAUCGAAAACACAAAGGCUAAUUAUAGAUUCAGUGGGUAUGCUUAUGAGAAAUCUAAAAAUAAAGACAGAAGAAAGUGAGUCUAUUGAUAUAGUUGAGGAAGAAAAACCAUGUGAAAAACAGCAACAGAUUACUCAUGUUCAAGUUUCAACAAUUACAGAAACCAAAGCAGAAAUAGUAUCUUCCAAUAAUAAUUUCAAUAAUAAUCAUCAACAAAAGUCUUCUGAUGGACGGGAUGAAUUUCAUGAAAAAGUUCAACAAAGUCAUGAGGAUAACUGUAAUGAUAAUGAAGAUGGCUUAGAAACUGUGAAAAAAGCUUUCUCAUUAAUGGGUUAUGGUAUAUUAAGUGAAGAUGAAAGCCAAAAAAAAUUGCAAGGCGAAGUUGUUUAUCGGAAACGUAAUAUUAGACGGCAAAGUUUUCAAUUAAUGGCAGAACUUAAACGAUUAAAAACUACGCACAAAACUACUUUUCAUGAUGUAGAAAUGAUUACCAAAUCUACAAAUAAGACAAACAAGUAUUUAUCCUGUGAUUUAUCAUCGGUACCUGCAGAAAUUGAUGUACAGUCUAGUGACAAAGGUUCCUACGCAAAAGCACAAGCUACAUUCACAUCAAGUUCUGACGACGAAGAUAGUGUAAAAAAAAUGCAGAAGAAAAAGAAGAAGAAGCAGGUUAAAAGAUUAAACAAAAUCCUCCCAAAGGAAAUAGCAAAUGACUAUAAACUAUGGAAAUAUUAUAUCAAACGAUUUGGUCUCUUUAGCAGAUAUGAAGAUGGAAUUAAAUUAGAUCGUGAAAGUUGGUUUUCUGUAACACCAGAAGAAAUAGCAAAAAACAUAGCAGAAAGAUGCAGAUGUGAUACAAUCAUUGAUGCAUUUUGUGGUGCAGGCAGUAAUUCUAUUCAAUUUGCAUUUACAUGUGAAAGAGUGAUCGCAAUAGACAUUGAUCCCAAUAAAAUUAAGAUUGCUCGACAUAAUGCAGGAAUUUAUGGUGUAGAUGACAGAAUAGAAUUUAUUACUGGAGAUUUCCUGCAGUUAGCACCACAAUUGGUGGCGGAUGUUGUAUUUUUAAGUCCCCCGUGGGGUGGUCCUGAUUAUAUAAAAAGAAAAGUGUUCAAUCUUGAAGAUAUCAUGCCUCCCGUUGGUGGGAUAAAUGUAUUUAAAGCAGCUAAGGAAAUUACGGAACAUGUGGCCUAUUACUUACCCAGAAAUUCAGAUCCUCUACAGAUUAUCAAAUUAGCUGAAAAGUAUGGUAAGGUGGAACUUCAGCAAAAUAUGCUCAAUGGCAGGUUUACAGCUUGUACAGCUUAUUAUGGUGAAUUGGCCAGAAUAUAAUUUAAAAGAAGAAUGAAGAAAAAAAAACUCUCAAUUUACAUUUCAGUUAUAUCAGUUGUUUUUACCUUGUUUUAUCAGAAUCAAAAUCUUAUUACAUUUUCGUUCAUUCAAAAAUAUUUUAAUUCUACUGUAAAAUGAAAUACUCGAAA